AUCUGGGUGUUUUAGACAAGCAAAAGUGUUUUCAAUAUAUUUGUCUCGCUUCUUUGCGUGAAGGAUGGCCAAGAUCUUCAGGCUAGUUGCCCGUGACCGGCCAGCGGCCAUGCAUUGGCUGCUUUUGUCUUCACUUCUGGAGGUUACUACAAGUAUAGAAACUACCCCAUACCUCAAUAUUCUGUGGUUGGUUGUCAUAUGAUAUACACCGGUAUGACGCAGCAAACCCGAUCUGUUGCAAAACACAUAAACCUUUAAUCAUUCACUAUCUUGGUCACUCCACUACAAUAUUUAUUCCUCAUCAACUCAUCAGCAUCAAACAUCAUGCCGUCGUCCAGGCCGAAGCCAAGUGACGUUGCGGCGGAGACUAAGAAGAAUGAGAUCCCAGAGAUUAGAGCCAAGUACUCCCAGAUUUGGCCAUGCCAUUCUUACUUGUUUCAAUCACCAGCGCAAGAGCUUGUAUUGGACCCGCGAACGAAUCAAAGCCUGCCAGCGCCAAUCUUCUCUGUCCACCAUGCAGACCCUGUCGACUUCACGAUCAAUUGGGAACGAGACUCGGGGUGUCGAAUACCUUUAAUAUGUGCAGCAAAUGACCGGAGGCCUGGCGGAGACUGGGAAACUGGCGUCGUGGGCUACGAAGAGCGCUUUUGCCGCCGAUCUAACCUUAGCGCAUGCCUGGCUACUCCGGGCCCAGGAUCGAGCGUAGGAUCCAACUAUCCAAUCCCAAGCGAGGGUGGCAUCUACUCCGAGUUUGUCGUCGUCUUCCGAGGACCACACGACACUUACAAGAAGCUCCCACAAUGGGUGGAUCUUCCCGUUGUCUCUAUACCUCCCGCGCGCUGGCCGAAGCUCAGUCAAGGAGGGUUAAAGUAUGCAUUCCCUCUGGAGCGCCAAAUGGUAAUGAAUAAAAUCCGAGCCGGGCUGCUCAUCUGUGCUGCGUACGGACACAAGCAGGUCGUAAUCAUGGAUUUUAGCUUGGGCAACAGCAAUCGCAACCCGCCGCAAGAGCUUGCGGAGCUAUGGAGAGAGGUUUUCCUCUGGGAUCCGGAUCUAAGAGGUCGUUUCCAGUACGUGGCUUUUGUGUUCGAGGAUCCGUAUCAAAGCACAACGAAGCACAUCCUCGAUGACAUUACGAAGAAGAGCAAAAGUGGCGGUUCGGGCUCGAAAAAGUCCAAGUCUUCCAAUAGCUCUGGUUCGAGCUCCAGCUACUCCACUCCAAACGAUCAUGACAUCUUCUGCAGCGUGUUUGCACCGAAUGAGAUCCAACGCGUCAUUUCUCGGACCGACCCCCGAUGUUCUUUGUCAACGCUUACAUCUUGAACCGGGGAUUCUGGGGCAUUUCUUUUGUAUCCAGCUUUGUUUCUGGGACAUUCAUCAGGUGGCUAGGUUCUGAGGGCGUUGCGGCAGUUUUGUGGUUUUGAGAUUGUCCUGUUUACUGCUUGCCGCUUUCUC